UUUUUGCGCUCACACUGCAGCAGCAGCAGCAGCAGCCGCAUACAGCUGGACUCUCUUCUACUGGGGUUACUUUUCUCCUUUUUCUUCUCCCUCUGCUCUAUCUUUUUAUUUUUUUUCCUUUUGGUAUGUGUGCGUCUUGCGUCUCCUGCUGGCUAUGAGGAAUUUCAUGUGUCCGUAGGUCUGGUCACUUUUCCCAUUUGGACCUUUUUUUUUCUGUUGUUGUUAUUGUGGGAUUUUGUUUUUUGUUUUUGUUUUUUCUUUGUCGGGCGUCGUAAGGGAUCUAAGUUAAAUAUGUCGAGGAACGCGGAGGAGGUGAACAGGCUGACUGAAAGUACAUACAAGAGUGUGAUGGAACAGUUCAACCCAGGACUGAGGAACCUGGUCAACCUGGGAAAAAACUAUGAGAAAUCAGUGGCUGCAAUGACCCUGGCGGGAAAGUUGUAUUUUGAUGCAAUGUCUAAGAUUGGGGAGAAUGCUGCAGUGUCUCCUGUCUCCAGAGAAUUAGGUGUAGUGCUGAUGGAGAUCUCAGAGGUCCACAGGAAGGUCAAUCUUGAGCUGGAAGAAAAUUUUAAGAGGUUCCACAGGGAGAUAAUCGCCGAGCUGGAGAGAAAGACCGACAUGGAUGUCAAAUACAUGACAGCCACAUUUAAGAGAUAUCAGAUAGAACACAAGACGAAGCAGGACUCUCUGGAGAAGUCCCUGUCAGAACUGAAGAAGCUGAGGAGAAAGAGUCAAGGCAAGAAUGCCAACAAGUACGAGAACAAGGAGAGCGAGUGCCUGGAAACAUUGACGAACCGUCAGAUGGACAUGCAGUUGUUCAUCGCAGACGGAUGUAAGGAGGCUCUGCUGGAAGAGAAGAGGCGCUUCUGUUUCCUUGUGGACAAACACUGUAUGUUCACCUAUCAGAUCUCUUCCUUCCACGACAAGGCCAGAGACAUGCUGACGGCAAAGCUGAGCAGCUGGCAGGACCAGUGCAACGACGCCACCGUCAUGCCCGAGAGCAUCUUGUCAAUGAUCGAGGGUCUGCGGACAUCUGUCUCCAUCACUCCGCUGCCCUCGCCCUCCCCGUCACAUCGCAGCGUGAACGCCGCUGCUCCCCCGGCUCCACCUUUGAAGCCUCAGACCAGCCCACUGGCUAACAUGUUCACCCAGGAGAACAACACUACCAAUGUAACCACCACUACCAACAACAGCACAGAUCAUGGGAACAGCGAGGAGAGCAGUCUUGCCAGGUCUGUGUCUGUUGCCACGGGUCUCAACAACAUGGUGAAGAGGCCACGUGUGCGCACCAUCUUCCCACACAGCGCCGGCAACAACAGCACACUGCUCAGCUUCGACGAGGGAGACGUCAUCAUCCUGCUCAUCCCUGAUGAGAGAGACGGGUGGAUGUACGGCGAACUGGAAAAGAACGGAAAGAGGGGCUGGUUCCCUUCAUCUUACUGCCUUGCACUCUCCGAGCCACUCGUGAAUAACAACAGUGUGUCUGUUGCACCGUACCGCAGUAGAAGUGUGGUCAACCUGCACCAUCAGGACACAGAGACAGACGAGGCGACCAUGGUGCUCCCCCCGGCGGACUACUGCGACACCCCGCAGCGCACCAUCAUCAAGAACAACACCUCGUCCAGCAACACCGUCACCACAAAUAACAACCACCAGCACUCUCCCACGCCCUCCGCAGCCUCCUCCACCUCGUCCAAUCACAACAUGGCAGUCCAGCCUAAUGGCAUCUCAAGACCUCCACCCGCUUACCUCGCGGGAGGGAACCCGUUUGCCACAGUCAGGCUACGUCCAACCGUCACCAACGACCGCUCCGCACCCGUCAUCUGACCUGUCCAAAUAUACGCCCAUCCUCGGUUCGCACAGCUCUUCAUCAACCAUCCUGUGUCAUCUACGCAGGACAUGCAGCUCUGCCCUGGCUUUACUGUUCAGCAGCUUCUCCUGGUCUGGAAGAAACCAGACAAAACUUGGCCAGCACUGAGAAAACAAAAAAAAUGCCAUUAGAAUCUGGGAUCCCCUUUACUGCUGAAAACCCUCAUGUGGAAGUAUUUUGGGACCAUUUUAUUUACAGAACAGAUUGCUCGUAUAUUUAAAAUAAUGUAUUUUCUAUGUCUAUUUUUGUCCUUCUGUGUGUGGUGGUGAUAUUUAAAUGACCACAUUCCUACCUGCACUUAAGAGACAGACGAAUAAAAAUGGUCAAAGAAAACAUUGCAAUAUAUUUAUGCUAUUCAUGUUGCUUGUGCAUCGCCAAAACGAAGAAAUCGUUUCUGUUACCAUAGGACAGUAGAAGAAUGUACUGUAGAGGACCUCUGCAUUUCACAUUCAGGUCCAUAUGACAAUGUUGCAGCUCAGCGUUGAUACUAAAAUGAUGUUGAGAAGAUUGCAAACAUUUAAAGAGAUGCAUCCAAAAAGGCUCACAAGUGAACUUUAUCCUUAAGUCUCUCUUGUAUAUACAUUUUUACAACAGAUGCUAUACAUAUUGUCCUUUGCCAUCUAACUUAACUGUUUGUAGAGCUAGAAGACAAUGGAGACAGGACUUUUGCCUUAAUGACACAUACAUACCUACUGUAAAAUACUACUUACCUGUUGCAUCCUUCAGUUUGUGGACAUGAGUUGUGACACUCAAACCUGUCUGCACACACAGUGAAAUUAUUUCUGCUGUAACCAUCACAUCACAUGGCAUUUUAAGACCACAGUCUACACCGUUUUGGUCUUUGGCACAUGUUACACCCUUAAUAGAAUUUGCUGUAUGAAAAUAAAGAUUUAUUUCUUCAA